AUGGAACUAUCUAAGUCAAACUUCCAAAAGCGCAAUCAAAAUAAUAAUCUUUUAGGAUAUUUUAAGAAAUUGAAGCCCACCCCAGAACAGCCAGAAUCUAAAGUAGCUGAUUAUGUGGUUGUGUGCCAGAGUGACUGUAAUGUUGAAUCCACAAGUAAUUAUGCAAAUAAUGUUGAAUCUAAGGGUAAUAACCCUGAUAAUGUUGAGUCCGCUAGUAAUAUUCCUGAUAAUGUUGAAUCCACUAGUAAUAAUCUCGAUGAUGUUCCCAAUAUUAACCCAAUGGAUAUUGGAUUACUGAUUCAUCAGGCAGUAAAGAAUAACUCAAAUAAACGUGCUGAACUACUAAUGGCCAUUUGGAAACCCGAUGGUACUUUUAAGUUUCCUCAAAGCGGGCAGCGAAAUUUAAAAUUUCAACUAAAUUGGUUGACAAAAUGGUCAUGGUUAAGUUAUUCGAAGAUGUUAGAUGGUGUGUUUUGUAAAUAUUGUGUGUUAUUUAAUCAAAAUGAAGGAGGUCGUGGAAAACAAAAAUUAGGAAAACUUGUUUUAGAACAUUUUUCAAAUUGGAAAAAAGCUAUUGAAGAGUUCAAUAAACAUGAAAAUACAAAUUACCAUAAAAUGUCAGUUUUGAAUGCUGACAAUUUGUUAUCUGUAUAUAAUAAAAAUAAAGAUUCUAUUGAUGUGCAGAUAAAUAAUAGUUUAAAAAUGGAAAUCCAACAAAAUUGUAAGAAAAUACAACCAAUUAUUAAAACUAUUAUUCUGUGUGGUCGUCAAGGAAUAGCCUUAAGAGGCCAUAGGGAUUCGGGACCAAUAGAUUUACAACACAGCACUAAUGAUGGUAACUUUCGAGCUUUGUUACGUUUUAGAGUUGAAGGGGGUGAUAAAGAAGUAAAUAGUGCAAGAUGUUUUACAGUCUUAGCUGAUGAAACUACAGACAUUGCUGGUAUUGAACAAUUUUCCCUUUGUGCAAGGUAUUUAGACAAAACAAAAAUGAUAAUGAGAGAAGAUUUUUUAAAAUUUGUUCCUGUUAGUGAUGUCACUGGAAAGGGAUUAGCUACUACUCUUCUGACAAAUUUGGAAGAAAUCGGGAUUGAUGUGAAAUACCUACGUGGUCAAGGGUAUGAUGGGGCUGCGUCCAUGAGUGGACAAUUCAACGGAGUCCAAGCUCAUAUUACUAAACAUUAUCCUCUCGCACAUUAUAUACACUGUAGUUCCCAUAGUCUCAAUUUGGCUAUUUCAGAUGCUUGUAGUAUUCAGUCUAUAAGAAAUUGUACUGGAACUAUUCAAAAAGUUUGUGUUUUUUUUAAAUACCCCAAAAAAAAUAAUGUUUUAUCUGAAUCAAUAGCACGUGUAUGUUCUUCAUCAACCCAUAGCCGUUUGAAACUGUUAUGUCCAACAAGAUGGGUAGACAGACAUGAAUCAAUAAUUAUUUUCCUCGAAUUAUUUGAUGCAAUAGUUGAUAGUUUAUCAGAAGUUUGUACUUGGCUUGAUAAGGAUGCUUCAUCAGGAGCAUACCAAUUGCUGUGUGCUAUAAGACAACCAGAAUUUAUAUUAGCAACUUAUAUACUGGGACACGUGUUGAGUUUGAGUUUACCAUUGAGUAAGUUUCUUCAGACAAAAAAUAUAGAUCUGGUUGAAGCUAUUCAAACGGCUGACGAUGUAGUAAAUAUAAUUAAACAACUAAGGUUAAAUGAUGAAAAUGAAUUUAAAAUUAUAUUUAAUAAAGUAAAAUCUAAAUGUGAUGCCUUAAACAUUGAAAUAUCUAUUCCUCGUACAGCUAACAAGCAAAAAAACAGAUGCAAUGUCCAGGUUGAUUUCCCUGAGGAUUAUUACAGAAUAUCUUUAUUCAUUCCAUUUGUAGAUCAUUUUUUAAAUCAAUUAAAUGAUCGAUUUUUAUCUCAUAGAUCUGUAAUUGAAAAUUUUAGCUUUAUUUUACCAUCAUCCAAUAGUGUACAUAAUGAAGAAAAAAUUAAGCAGCUAGUUGAGAUGUAUCAAGGUGAUUUGGAUUGCAGUGUGUUAGCAGCUGUGAGUGAAAUUAAAGUUUGGAAACAAAAAUUUACAGGAACUGAAGAUUUACCAAAAAAUGCUAUCGACGCUCUUCAAAAAUGUAACAUAUCGAUUUUCCCUUCUACUUUCAAACUUCUACAGAUUUUAGCAACUCUCCCAGUCACAACUGCUAGCAGUGAACGAUCUUUUUCAACAUUAAAAAGAUUGAAAACAUAUUUACGAAACACUACGUGUGAAAAUAGGUUGAAUGGUUUGGCAUUGAUGAAUAUACACAGUGAUAUAAUGAUAGACCCCGAUGAUGUCCUAAAUAAAUUAGCGACCAAAACAAGAAGACUACGGUUGAUAUCAAUUGGAAAAUUCAUUGAUGUGUUUGUGGGGUAUCCCGGAUCUUGUCAUGAUGCUUAUGUGUGGUCCAAUAGUCCCUUAUAUCAAAAACUUUCAGAAAAUUCAGAGUACUUAAUUCCUAAAAAUCAUUAUAUUCUUGGGGAUUCAGCAUAUCCUCUAACAGAUUAUUUACUAAAGCCAUACAGAAAUAAUUGUCUAAUGCAACCAAAACAAAAACAUUUUAACACCGUACUUUCAUCAACAAGAGUCAUCAUUGAACAGACUUUUGGCUAUCUUAAAGGACGAUUCAGAAGGUUAAAAGGGAUUGAAUCAUUAGAUUAUGCUUUAGUAUCUCAUACAGCUGUUGCAGCUGCUGUAUUACAUAAUAUUUGUAAAGCUUCAGUUGAUGAAAAUGAAUAUUAUUCAGACGAAGAAGUCCAUAUUACAGAUGAAAUCUAUGAGUUGAAUAUGAACAAUUAUGAUGACAUUCGUGAAGCUAUUGCCACUGAUUUGUAUAACAAUAUUUGA